AGUGGGCACAUCCGUCAUUGCGGGCGGCGGGGCUGGCAGGACCUGCCGCGCUAUGUCUCCGCGCGCGCCUCUGCCUGCUCAGGGGCCGCUGCCGACGCGCCGCGGGGCUUUCCACCCGGCUCUGGAAUAGAGGGCGAGGGGAGCCGCCCGGGGCACUGGCCCGAGCGCGGGGGGGAGCCGGGUUUGCAAACCGCCCGGGACGCUGGAUUUGCUGCUGGCCCGGUAGAAGCGGGCGGGGGAAGCCGGGAGAGGUGCCUGGGCUCGAAGCGGAGCCCGCUCCGUGGCUUUUCUGAGCGCGCGGCGCGGCGCGGCGAGAUGCUGCGGCUGGAGCUCUUCCUCGGCGUGGCGUGGCUGGCCGGGCUGGCGUGCGGGCAGAACGAGACGGAGCCCAUCGUGCUGGAGGGCAAGUGCCUGGUGGUGUGCGACUCCAGCCCCACCUCGGACCCCACGGGCACGGCGCUGGGCAUCUCGGUGCGCUCGGGCAGCGCCAAGGUGGCGUUCUCCGCCAUCCGCAGCACCAACCACGAGCCCUCCGAGAUGAGCAACCGGACCAUGCUCAUUUACUUCGACCAGGUGCUAGUGAAUAUCGGAAGCAACUUCGACUCGGAAAGAAGCACUUUUAUCUCGCCCAGGAAAGGGAUUUACAGUUUUAAUUUUCACGUGGUGAAGGUGUACAACAGGCAAACCAUCCAGGUGAGUUUGAUGCUAAAUGGAUGGCCAGUGAUUUCCGCCUUUGCAGGGGACCAAGAUGUGACCCGAGAAGCUGCCAGCAAUGGAGUCCUGAUUCAAAUGGAGAAAGGAGACAGAGUUUAUCUAAAACUGGAGAGAGGAAACUUGAUGGGAGGCUGGAAGUAUUCGACAUUCUCUGGAUUUCUAGUGUUCCCUCUUUAAAUAACUUAUCAUCUGAACAGAGAGAAAGCAGCAAGUCAGAGAAUUUCUUACAAAUUCCCAAAUUGUAGCUGGUUAUGAAAAGCCUUGGACAGCAAACUUUUUACAUUCAAAUAUUAAAGAAGCUAAAUCCUG